AAGCGUUAUGUUAAUAUUGUGAUCGGAAGUUCGGAAGAGGUGAAAGAGAUGGAAAGAGACGGCGGAGGCGGCGGGAGAGAGGAGGUGGAGGUGGAGGCGGCGGCGGAGCCACGGGAUGCGCGGGUUGUGAAGGAGCUUCUCCGAUCGAUGGGACUGGGGGAUGGGGAUUACGAGCCGCGGGUGGUGCACCAGUUCCUGGAGCUCGCCUACCGCUACGUGGUGGACGUGCUCUCCGACGCCCAGAUCUACUCCGACCACGCCUCCAAGACCGCCAUUGACCCCGACGACGUCCGCCUCGCCAUCCAGUCGAAGGUCAACUUCUCCUUCUCCCAGCCACCGCCCCGCGAGGUGUUGCUUGAACUGGCAAGGAGCAGAAACAAGACCCCCCUGCCCAAGUCAAUCGCACCUCCCGGGAGCAUACCCUUGCCACCAGAGCAGGACACUCUGAUCAGCCCCAAUUACCAGCUACUGAUACCAAGAAAGCAUCCUCCUCAGGUUGAAGAAACAGAGGAGGACGUCGACGGUUCCAACACAAACCCUAUCGCGACCACUAAUUUGUCGCAAGAGCCAAGGAUCGGUACCGACCAACAACCCCAGCAGCAAAGCCCACAGAGGGUGGCUUUCCCUCUGUCUUCCACGGCAGAACGACCGAGGUGACAGUACGUGAACCGAGAGCGAGGUUAUGCUAUGUCAAUGAGUUACUGCUACCAUGGAGCCCGCAUUAUGAACACACCCUAAGCUUUCUUUGGUAAACAGUAGAACAAAUAGUCCACCAAUUAGACCUUAUACAGACAUUUGGAAUAAUAGUAUAUUGACCACUCCUUAUAUAUGUCUCAGUAAUCGAACCCAUUGUGGCAUCCAGGUCCGAGUCCGUUCCACAUCAAUCUGCAUCACUUCCAUUCAAGAAUUAAGACAGGUUUGCAUGCCUGUCUGCAAGCGAAGGCAGUCUUGCCCACAUCUUGUGACCAAUAGUGAUGAAGCGGCAGCGUGUGGUUAUGUAUCGAACAUGUGGUUUGCAGACACAGCACGGCAGCAUGAAGUAUUAUUGAUCGUGUGCCGAUGGAAGGAGAUAUGAGAGAGAAGGGAGUGUAUGGAUUCCAGCUGAAGGGAAAAGGAUCGAGAGAAGUAAUAAUCUCUACCAGUAAUCGAUACAUGUAUAUACGGCAACAGUAUAAAAAAAUAAGUGUUGCCGAGCCGCUUCUUCAUCUUCCUCCUCAGAGUCAGAAGCUCCAGAGAGAAGGGAAUUCAUCAAACGCCUCAUUCCAGUCGUGUCGGUCGACGCCGACGACAUCAUGCUCUUGCGGCGGUGGCUCGGCCUCCGCGGAAAACCCAAAGAAGAAAUCCUCGUAGAGCGAAGGGAAGUCCGCGCUACUAUCCAUGGCCAUGAAACUGAUGAUGGACUCAUCGAGCCCAUGGUUCUCCGUCGCCCCCGACGCCGACGCAGCAACCGAGGGCUCCGCUGGCGGCUCAUUGGCGUGCCGCGCGGCCGCGGCCUGGAUCUGGUCGAGGGAAAGCGCCGCGGUGUGAGCGUCGGGGGGGAGAUGGUGGGGGAAGUUGAGGCGGGCGGCGGGGCCGCGGAGGAAGAAGGCGGCAGCGUCGAAGGCCCGGGCCGCCUUCUCGGGGGCGUCGUAGGAGCCGAGCCAGAUCCUCUCCCGGCUCCGCGGCAGCCGGAUCUCCGAAACCCAUUUCCCCCACCGCCGCUUCCGCACCCCCAAGUACUUGCCCUCCUCCUGCGCCGCCUUACCGUCACUGGGCUUCAUGCUCGGGUGCUCUACUCCUUCGCUCGAGAGGUGGAGUAUUUAAGAGACGCAUGCGGGAGGGAGGCAACCGCGUGGACCAGCGAGGCCGCGGAGGGCGGGGUGGAGGCGCAGAUUGCAGACAGUAAUACUUGUAGGACCUGCCUUCCGCCCCGCGUUUGAUGGUGACGUCAGUCCAAAGUAACCGUCCAAUAACAUUGGAAGUUGGACUCUUCUUCUUCUCGGAUGCACGAGUUAUAUUUUCAUGAGAAAUUCCUCCUCUUUUUUUUUCUCUUAUUUUCAUCUCAGAUCCUAAAUAUUUUUCUAAUAA